GGGCCUAGUGGCAGUUUAUUAAUGUUACCGUCACGUAACGUAAACGCAAUUUCUAAGGAAUUGAAACAGCGCCAUCUAGUGGCACUACUGCACAACUGUUUCAAUUCCAUAUAAAUUUGCGUAAACGUCAACGUGAUAGUAACAGUAUGAACAUAUUGAAAACUCCCACUAGGCACACAGGAAGGCAUAUCUGGGCUAUCACAUUUCUCAUUAUACUUACUUUCUCAUAAAAGGAGGUAGGCCUGCCCUGUGGUGCCUUUUUAAAAUAGGCUAUUAAAUGAUUGUUCUAUUUUUACAGCACAAUCAUGGACGCCGCAGCAACCAUAGCCUCGGCCAGCUACACUAAGGGACUCUUCCUGGCGUUGUCUGCGUUAAGCCUGUCUUUACACAAGUGGCCAGCACACGUCUCUGUUUCUGAUAAAGCCCAAUAUGAUUUUGUUGUGAUUGGUGCUGGCACCGCCGGCAGUCUCAUCGCGAACCGACUGAGUGAGGACUCCGACACGCGCGUCCUGCUCAUCGAGGCCGGCGGGGACCCGCAGACACUCAACACAGAGUUAGCUGGUUUGUUCCCGUACCUGCUGAACACUGAGAUGGACUGGAACUACACAGCGGAGAACGACGGCUACACCGCCCAAUACCACAGAAACAAAUACGUCAAUUUACCCACCGGGAAGGUUUUGGGGGGAUCCAGUACCCUUCUCCACUUCAUCUACCUGAGAGGUCACCCUUGUGAAUAUAAACUAUGGGAAGAAGCCGCAGGUGAUGAGGCUUGGAGCUGGUGGAACCUUCUUCCGUACUUCAAGAGACAUGAGCGUUUGGAAGACCAAGAUAUACUCAAUUCUGAGUCUUCAUACUUCCAUGGAACGGAGGGAUCAAUCGUGCUUACCAAAGAAAAUAGAGAGGCGACGUUGAAAUAUUUGGAAGCUUUCCGGGAAACCGGACAUCCUAUUAAAGAAGACCUUACCACCGAUGAUUCGAUAGGAUUCGGACAGCCCUUGUAUUACAUAGCCAAAAAUGGUAUUCGACAAAAUAGCGCAGAGUGCUUCUUAGCACCUGCUAAAUACCGUUCCAAUCUUCACUUAAUGAAAAAAACAACAGUGAGAAAAGUUCUUUUUGAUGCCAACAAAAGAGCUAUUGGCGUCGAAUGCAGUACACCAGACGGCAAAAUCAUCAAAGUAUACGCUCGGAAGGAGACUAUACUAUCGGCUGGCACUUUGAACACACCAAAGAUCCUGAUGUUGUCGGGAGUGGGCCCAAAAAGUCACCUCAAAAGCGUGGGUGUUCCAUUAGUUCAUGAUUCACCGGUAGGCCAGACAUUCCAAGAUCGUACAGCUGUUAUUUUGGUUCAUGGCUUAGAAAAAACCAACGAUACACCCCCACCGCCGAACCCGGCCGACUUUCCAUCGCCAACUAUUAUUGGGAUAAGUGCUUUGAACGAAUCCAAGAGUUGCCCUGAUUAUAUGACACUGAACUUUGUAAUCAGAAAUAACCCUGCAGCUCUGUUGCAGUUUACGUCUGUAUUCUUCGGUUUGAAUGACAAUGUAAGUAAUCAGCUCGCAGCUGCCGGAACGGGAAGGGAAGUCCUCUUAACAGUAUUGAAUUUAGUGAACUCUGCAUCAACUGGAAGAGUUUUGUUAAGGAGUUCAAAGCCUGAAGACGCACCAAAGUUCUACACAGGAUAUUAUUCGAAAGAAAUAGAUUUGAACAACACUGUCGCAUACAUACGUGACUUUAUCAAGGUAGCGGAAUCGAGCACUUUCAAAAGCGUAAACGGUGAAUUGAUACAUUUCGAUUUGCCAAGAUGCAAAGGUUUGAAAAGAAACACGAUGGAAUAUUGGAAGUGCUAUAUCCUGAACAUGAUGGAUAGCACUUAUCAUUUCACUGGUACAUGCCCCAUGGGGUCAGUCCUUGACUCCAGACUUCGUGUCAAGGGGGUCAAGGGACUCAGAAUCGGAGACGCCAGUGCUAUUCCUAACCAAAUCUCUGCCAAUAUUAUCACAGCCAGCAUGGUCAUUGGCGAGAAAUUGGCAGAUAUGAUAAAGCAAGACAACCAUUUAGAAACAAGUUCUCCUUGGAAAUAUUUCACUGAGUUUUUGUUUCGCUUAGUAUGCAAUUAAAUCUUCUUUUGCG